GCUUUGCCCUGCCCCCUGCCCCGCCUUGUCCCCGUGCCAUGACGCCCCUCCCCUCUGGGCCCCGCCCCUCCCGCUUCCGGGUCAGGCCCUAGAAAGCGCCGGGAAAACCACAUUUCCCAGAGUGCACCGCCACGGCGGGGUCCUCGGACCGGCGCUUGCUCGCCUGCGCCAUUUCUGUAGAGAGGAACGGCGGUGCGGCCUGUGGUCAUGGCGCUGUUCCCGGCCUUUGCGGGGGUUAGUGAGACCCCCGAUAGUGGGAGCUCCAGGAAAGAGUUAGACUGGCUGAGCAACCCAAGCUUUUGUGUCGGAUCCAUAACGUCCCGGAGCCAACAAACUGAAGCAGCCACAGCCCAUGUUUCUGAAGGGUCACCACUGUCAAGGAGUCCUCUGAAAUCAGAGCCUUCAGAUGAAAGUGACACUAACAAAAAGUUCAAACAAACAAGCAGAAAAAAGAAGAAAGAGAAAAAGAAAAGAAGGAAGCACCAGCAUCAUAAGAAAACAAAGAGGAAACAUGGACAGUCGAGUAGCAGCAGGUCUGAGACAGACACUGAUUCUGAAAAGGACAAACCUUCCAGAACCAUCGGAGGCAGUAAAAAGGAAUCUGAGAAACCGAAUCAAGGAAAUAAUGCUGCAGCUGAUACUGGACAUCGCUUUGUUUGGCUUGAGGACAUUCAGGCUGUGACAGGAGAAACCUUCAGAACAGAUAAGAAACCAGAUCCUGCAAACUGGGAGUACAAGUCUCUCUACCGAGGGGAUAUAGCAAGAUACAAGAGGAAAGGAGACUCCUGCCUUGGCAUUAAUCCUGCGAAGCAACGCAUAUCUUGGGAAGGGACUUCCACAGAGAAGAAGCAUUCACACAAGCAGGUUGAACGCUAUUUUACUAAGAAGAGUGUGGGGUUAAUGAACAUCGAUGGAGUUGCCAUUAGCAGUAAAACUGAACCUCCAUCAUCUGACCCCGCCUCCUUUAUACCAGUGAAGGACUUGGAAGAUGCAGCUCCUGUUACAACCUGGUUGAAUCCUCUGGGGAUUUAUGAUCAGUCAACUACACAGUGGUUACAAGGACAGGGUCCUCCAGAGCAGGAAUCCAAGCAGCCAGACACACAGCCAGACAGCGAGAGUGCGGCUCUCAAGGCCAGGGUGGAGGAGUUCAACAGGAGGGUGCGGGAGAAUCCGCGGGAUACGCAGCUGUGGAUGGCAUUUGUUGCUUUUCAGGACGAGGUCAUGAAAAGUCCUGGCCUGUAUGCCAUCGAGGAAGGAGAGCAGGAAAAGCGAAAGAGGUCCCUGAAGCUCAUUCUGGAGAAGAAGCUGGCCAUUCUGGAGCGGGCCAUUGAGAGCAACCAGAGCAGUGUGGAUCUGAAACUGGCCAAGCUGAAGCUCUGCACAGAGUUCUGGGAGCCCUCCACUCUGGUCAAAGAGUGGCAGAAACUGAUAUUUUUACAUCCCAAUAAUACGGUCCUUUGGCAGAAAUACCUUUUGUUUUGCCAGAGCCAGUUUAGUACCUUUUCAAUAUCAAAAAUUCACAGUCUUUAUGGAAAAUGCUUGAGCACCUUGUCUGCUGUGAAGGAUGGCAGCAUCUUAUCUCACCCUGCGUUGCCUGGCACAGAAGAGGCCAUGUUUGCCCUCUUUCUUCAGCACUGCCACUUUCUGCGGCAGGCCGGCCACUCUGAGAAGGCCAUCUCAUUGUUCCAGGCCAUGGUGGACUUCACAUUCUUCAAACCCGACAGCCUGAAAGAUAUGCCUACCAAAGGACAGGUAGAAUUCUUUGAGCCCUUUUGGGACAGUGGAGAGCCCCGGGCUGGGGAGAAGGGAGCCCGAGGCUGGAAGGCGUGGAUGCACCAGCAGGAGCGAGGUGGCUGGGUGGUCAUCAACCCAGACGAGGAUGACGAUGAACCAGAAGAGGACGAUCAGGAAAUAAAAGAUAAGACUCUUCCCAGGUGGCAGAUCUGGCUUGCUGCUGAGCGUUCCCGAGACCAGAGGCACUGGCGGCCCUGGCGCCCUGAUAAGACCAAGAAGCAAACCGAGGAAGACUGUGAGGAUCCUGAGAGACAGGUGUUGUUUGAUGAUAUUGGGCAGUCUUUGAUCAGACUUUCAAGCCAAGAUCUGCAGUUCCAGCUGGUGGAGGCCUUUCUGCAGUUCUUGGGUGUGCCUUCUGGCUUCACUCUUCCAGCCUCCUGUCUCUAUCUGGCCAUGGAUGAGAACAGCAUCUUUGACAAUGGACUUUAUGAUGAAAAGCCCUUGACUUUUUUCAACCCUUUGUUUUCCGGGGCCAGCAGUGUGGGCCGCAUGGACCGGCUGGGCUGUCCUCGCUGGACCAGGGGUCAGAACCGAGAGGGUGAGGAGUUCAUCCGCAACGUCUUCCACCUGGUCAUGCCUUUGUUUUCAGGCAAAGAGAAGUCUCAGCUCUGCUUCUCCUGGUUACAGUAUGAGAUUGGAAAGGUCAUGUGGUGUCUGCACACUAAAAACAAGAAGAGAUUAAAGUCACAAGGGAAGAACUGCAAAAAACUCGCCAAGAAUCUCCUUAAGGAGCCAGAAAACCGCAACAGCUUUUGCCUCUGGAAGCAGUAUGCCCAUCUGGAGUGGUUGCUUGGCAACACAGAGGAUGCUAGGAAAGUUUUUGACACAGCACUCGGCACGGCAGGAAGCCAAGGACUGAAGGACUCUGAACUCUGUGAGCUCAGUCUGCUCUAUGCCGAGCUGGAGGUGGAGCUGUUGCCGGAAGUGAGAGGGGCCGCCUCCGCUCGAGCUGUUCACAUAUUAACCAAGCUGACCGAGAGCAGCCCCUACGGGCCCUAUACUGGAGAGGUGUUGGCUGUUCACAUUUUGAAAGCACGAAAGGCUUACGAGCACGCGCUGCAGGACUGUUUGGGUGACAGCUGUGUCUCCGAUCCAGCUCCCACCGAUUCCUGUACCCGCCUAAUUAGCUUGGCCAAAUGCUUCAUGCUCUUCCAGUAUUUGACCAUCGGGAUUGGUGCUGCUGUACGGAUAUACGAACAGGUAUUUGCCAAACUGCACGGUUCUGUUUUCCCAGAAGGCUCUGGCGAGGGGAACAGUGCCAGCUCCCAGAGUUGGAGCAGUGUUCUCGAAGCCAUCACACUGAUGCAUGCAAGCCUGCUGAGAUUCCACAUGAAAGUGAGUGUUUACCCGCUGGCCCCUCUGCGAGAGGCACUCUCACAGGCUUUAAAGCUGUAUCCAGGCAACCAGGUUCUUUGGAGGUCCUAUGUCCAGAUUCAGAAUAAGUCCCACAGCGCCAGCAAGACCAGGAGAUUUUUUGACACAAUCACCAGGUCUGCUAAACUCUUGGAACCUUGGCUGUUUGCAAUUGAAGCUGAGAAAAUGAGGAAAAGACUAGUGGAAACUGUUCAGAGGUUAGACGGUCGAGAGAUCCACGCCACGAUUCCUGAGACCGGCUUAACACAUCGGAUCCAAGCCCUGUUUGAAAACGCCAUGCGCAGCGACGGUGGCAGCCAGUGCCCCUUGCUGUGGAGGAUGUAUUUGAACUUUUUGGUUUCCUUAGGAAAUAAAGAAAGAAGCAAAGGUGUAUUCUACAAAGCACUUCAGAAUUGUCCUUGGGCAAAGGUGUUGUACCUGGACGCUGUGGAGUACUUCCCCGAGGAGAUGCAGGAGGUCCUGGAUCUGAUGACCGAGAAGGAGCUCCGGGUGCGCCUGCCACUGGAGGAGCUGGAGCUGCUGCUGGAGGAUUAGAGAGCCGCGGGGAACGGACCGUAACUGUGAGGCCAAGUCGCCCACCCUGCAGAGCCAGGAGGCACGAGGGGAGAAUGUGUGCGUUGGAGAUCUCAGCUUUUGAAAUGUUCUUUCUCAAUAUUAAUGUGUCUGGGCUGCCAGCCUCUCACAUCUGGCACACUUUUUGGGUGUGAAGAUGACACAAAAGCUGUUUAUAUGUUAUAUAUUUGCAUGUGUAUAUAUAUGUACAUAGCCAGGGAGUCAUGCCAAGUGGUCAUUAAACCAGUGAUGGUUGAGGUGUG